AUGAGGGCUACCCGCCUUAACCACCACCGUUACAACAUAUGUAUCCUGUACUUUUUCGUAUUUUUCUUCUGUUCUACGUUUACCCGAGCAGACGGGAAAAUGGCCACCAUUCCUACCAAUCCCUCUGCUUCGUCACAAUCACAACUCGGCGGGAGAUUUCGCCGAAAUCCCCAUAACUCUAGGCAGAAAAGCCAGCAGGAGCCGCUUCACAGGCUGCUAACAGAAGCGCAGAAGGCCGACCAGAACUUACAAUAUAUGUUAAGUUUGUAUAAGAGCGCGGCCGACCCGGAUGGGAUGCCAAAACAGCAUCGGCUGUUCGGGUCGAACACAGUGCGUUUGCUGCGACCCACCACCACCCAGGUGUGGUCUCUGACAGCGUCUUCAGGUGAGACACACACACACACAGUGUGUAAGAUAACAAGCGGUUAUCAUCCUCCAGGUUUUGUCCACCUGAUUAUAUGAAAUUACAGUGGUAAGAGUAGGCCUGUUGUGCAACUGUUCAUUGUCAUUCAUAAUAACAAUUUAUAAACCGUUAUGUAGGCUAUAGGUUAUGAUGGGUAUUGGGUAUGCGCUAUGGAUUAGAAUAGUGUCGGUUACCUUGAUCUUUACAACGGUUUGUUGUUAUGGUGACACCUGACCAUUUCAAUUUAGAAGUGUAUCAGGUCAAAGAUGAGAGGAAGAUAUUAAAGCCUACCACUUGUCAUCUCUCCCUCAACUCUCUCCAUCUACCUCCUCUCAAUCCUUUCUACCUCCCCUCCCUCUUCAUCCUCUCUUCCUGAUUCCAUUCUCUCUCUCUCUCCCUCCAGUCCUGCGCUACACCUACACAGUGGAGUAUGACCUCCAAUCCCUCUCCCUGGAGCAGCUAAUGGGAGCCUCCUUUGUCCACCUCCGUACUUCCAGGACGCCCCACCCCUUCCCUCUCCGCUGCAGGGCCAGAGUCACCUCUCUGGGGCAUGAUAGCUGGACAAGCCCCCCUGGAGGUCUGGGGCGCCUGGUCACCCUGGAGCCGCAUCAGCAGUGGACAGAAACUGACAUCACAGAGCACCUCACCACACAGGUGGUAACGCUGACCCAGGGAAGGCCAAAGCAAGGGAGUCACCUGACCCUCUCGGCCCAGUAUUGGUGCUUGGAUCCUGGGCAUCGGAGGAGCGAGGCCUGGGGCGGCCUGUGGAGGAGCAGAGGGCGAGGGGGACACAAGAGGGGGAGGAGGGCAGCCUCCGAAAAUCACCUCAACGCCCCCGCUCUCCUCCUCUUCAUCAAUGAAGAGGAGGAACACAGAGAGUGGAGGGCAGCGACCCGAACGGGGGGGUCCGGUUUGGGGGGAUCCGACUCUGGAGCCCCACCACUUCUCCGCCCCCCGACCCCGUCGCUCCAACGGCCCUAAUCCCCCCAGGCAGCAUCGUCUCCUGACAUCCCCAACUACCGAAAACACAAGAAACCCUCACCCAAGAACCAGUGCAAGCUCCACUCCUACCGGGUCACCUUCGCCGCAUUAGGCCUGGUCAAAUACCUCGCCCCACACCAGUACAACCCUGGCUACUGUAAAGGAGACUGCCCCAGAAUCCUCCACUACGGCCUCAACCCGUCCAACCACGCCAUCAUGCAGAACCUGAUUAAAGGGAAGGGGAUGGAGGAGGUGCCGUCGCUGUCCUGCGUACCAUAUAAGUACAAGCCCAUUAGUGUGCUGAUGCUGCUGGACGACAACAAGACAGUGGAUUAUAAGGAGAUCCCUGACAUGAUAGCUGAGUCCUGCACCUGCCGGUAG